UUAUCGCGACACGCGCGCGCGCCUGUUUUGGAGAGCUCCGCGCCGUCUCCGCCUCGCGCGAUUUGGGAGCUUUGUUUCGCGAGGCAAAACGCGAGAGGAGGAAAAAAUGGAAACAUAUAGAUGAACUUUGACCUUUCAACGGCGGCCUUCGCUUAAAGCUGAUCGAUACCCACUGCGCUGCCUCAGUGUCUGUCACAUCACCAUGGAGACGGUGGUGAUCGUAGCCAUCGGAGUGUUGGCCACCAUCUUCCUGGCCUCAUUUGUGGCGCUGGUGGUGGUGUGUCGCCAUCGCUACUGCCACCCUCCUGACCUGCUGCAUCACCCAGAGUCCAAACCCACAGUGGAUCUAAUCGGAGCAAUGGAGACCCAGAGUGAGCCAUCAGAGCUGGAACUGGACGAUGUGGUCAUCACCAACCCCCACAUAGAGGCCAUACUGGAGAAUGAGGAGUGGAUCGAGGAUGCAUCUGGUUUAGUGUCUCAUUGUAUCUCCAUUCUGAAGAUAUGCCACACGCUGACAGAGAAACUUGUUGCCAUGACAAUGGGCUCUGGAGCAAAGGUGAAAGCACCGGCCAGCCUUAGUGACAUCAUCACGGUAGCCAAACGUAUAAGCCCAAGGGUAGAUGAUGUUGUUCGGUCAAUGUAUCCACCGCUGGACCCCAUCCUCCUCGAUGCCAGGGCCACCGCCCUGCUGCUGUCCGUCAGUCACUUGGUGCUGGUGACGCGGAAUGCCUGUCAUAUGUCCGGCAGCUUGGACUGGAUCGACCAAUCUCUGCACGCAGCUGAGGAUCAUAUGGUGGUGCUGAGGGAGGCAGCUUUAGCUUCAGAGCCCAUAAGAAGUCUAUCAGAAAGAGAACAGUCGAUCUGAGUCAUACACACAUACACAUACACACUAUAAAAAGUCUACACACCCUAAACAUUAUUGACAGGUUUUGUGAUGUAGAACCAGAAAUGAAGAUAAACCAGGUCUGACAGAUUUCAAUGUUUAAUGGAUCUUUAAACCUACAACAUUUAGAAAAAAAAAAGAAAUUGAUAAUAAUUUUUAAAAAAAAAUCAACACAAAACUGCAAUACCCUGUUUCUAUAAUUGAACCCUGGUUAUGGCUUGUUCAGAGUAUAUGAAUCACAUUCAGAAUGAUGUCCAAGAUGACAGCAUAGACCUGCAAUCAAUAAAAAGUCGUUCUGAUUAACAUCAAACAAAAAUCAGCUGUUCCUGUAGCUGCUCCUAGGUUUUGAUGAUUGCAUACUUCUAGGUUACAUAAUCCUACUGUUAAAAACGUUCAGAGAAAAGCAUAAAAAAUAUCAAAAGCAUUGGAUGUGCUUGAAGCACUCUGAAGACUCUCAUCAAUAGAUGGGAAAAAUGCAGCACCACAGAUACACUGCUGAGGUCAGGAAAAUACUCAAAGGCUGAUAACAGGACAAGAAGUAAACUUAUCACGGGGUGCUUCCUACAGCAACAUUUAAAAGCUGGAGGAAUUUCUAGUCUAUACUAGAACUCUAGGUACUCUGUGUGUGGGAACAAUUCCUCAUUUUUCUGCACAAUCUGGGCUAUGUGUCAUUAAACAUGUCAAUAAAUCCCAUUUAAAGUUUGCAAAAAAAUACGUUUUUGGCCCGUAUUAUAAAAGAUACAUUUCACACGACAACACAGCUCAUCAGUGAAAGAAUACCAUACCUACUGUGAAGCAUGGUGGUGGCAGUAUCACGUUUUAGUGCUGCUUCUCUUUUGCAGAGGCUUUUGUCAAAAUAAAUGAGACAGUGACUAGUUGUAAAGCACAUACCUGCUCUCUGUCAGAAAACUGGAGAUGAAGGGGAAUUUCUCCUUUCAAUGUGAUAAUGAUCCAAGACGUACAUCCAACAAGGGAAGAUCAAUGUUUGAGAAUGGUCCAGUCAAACGUCCAGACGUCAAAGCCCAUAGAAAAACUGUGGAAUGACCUAAAUCAGGCUGUGCACAGGAGAUCACCUGGCAUUCUGAAGGAGCUUGAACUUUUUUCAGAAGGGAUAGAAAGCCUGGUGUAAAGACUAAUUUACUUAGUUUUGUUUUUUGUAAGAUUGUAAUAGAGAUGAUAAACUGACAUUAUGUUGAUUUCUGGCUUUACAUCACAAAAACAUGCAGUUUCAACAAGGCCAUCUAGCCUUUCAAUAUCCAACAUUCAGUGUGAUUAAGAAAAAAGGCCUACGCAGCUCCCCAUGGAGUGGACUAGAGUAUGGCUCCGAAAAAGCAAUACAUAUAUCCUUAGCGUCUCUUUGCACAGUUUCUGUUUCUCCUUCUCAAGUAAUCUUUUUUUCUCUCUUUUAAUCUGUUACAUUCUGUGGUAGUUACUGUCACUCUCUCCUCUCAAGUUUACUUCCACCAUUAGUGCAAAUAAGCUGAAACAAUCAACGGCUAAUUUACAAUCUGUAUUCCACAUCUGAUUCCGCCUCUGCUAUGGCAAUAUAGUUAAAUAUGUAUCUACUCAUGCAUAUUGUUAUUCAGAUUGUUAUUCAGGCCUCUUAUAUUUGCUGCUUUUAUUACUUUAGCUUGUAGGCCAAAGAUCAUGGUGGAAUAGUGCAUAAAGACUGUCAGUAUGUACAGAAAAGUAUUGUAAUUCCAUUUUAUCUCUAAUAAAGUCUUGCAAUAGCCAGUCAUGAUCUCUUAACAAAAACUCCAAAUUGUACAACCGAUAAUGCAAGCAAAGCAAACUGUUUUCCCUUGUUGGGAUUCUCUAAAUAUUUGUAUUUAGUGACCACACAGCAUAAAGAUUUCAGUAUUUUGCUUUCUAGUGUCUAGUGUCUUUCUAGUGUCUUAAUGUACCAUUUAUGGCCUUAUUGGGUAUAAUUAACAAUACACAAGAUUAACAUUAUCUACACACACACACAAAACACGAACGCAUGGCUUUCUCUGUGGCCCAUCUCACCAAGGUGGCCCAUAAUCUUGGUCUUGAGUCACAUGAAGUUUAAAUCCACUCUAAUUCUCACACUUGACCACACUGAUCCCCCCAAACACAAAGAGCAGACUUACAACCAGCACAAACCCAAGUAAGCGUAUUGAAGGAAUACUUCAGCAUUUUUCAUCCUAAUCGCUAUCUGCCACAACUGUAGCAUAGAGUUUGUUACUAUAAUUUAUAAUAAUUUGCAUUAAUAAAAAAGCACAGAACACACAAUACAAACCUUAAUUGCAGAAUAGUUGGGACUGUAGUUGAAAGGGUAACAGAAAGAAAAAAGCAGUGAUCAUAUUUUACCUUAUGCACUUUUUGUUUAUUUUUAAAUAUAUUCAGGCAGCACAGUGGGUAGUCCUGCUGCUUUGCAGCAUGAAGGGCCUAGGUUUGGUUCCCUGGCUAGGCAAGCACGGUUCUCCCUGUGUCUACGUAGGUUUCCUCCAGGGACUCCAGUUACUUCCCAAAGAUAUGCAGUCAGGCCAACACACUAAACUGCCCCUAGUGUGUGAUUGCAUAGGUCAGUGUAUCUGCCCUGUGAUGGACUGGCGACCUGCCCAGUGUGUUUCGUGCCUUCUGCCCAAUGACUGCUGGGAUAGUACCCCUCUGACCCAUGAGGAUAAGCAGCUUAGAUUGUGUGUGUGUGUGUAUGUGUGUGUGAACACCCCACCAUCCACCCAAGUGUGUGUAAAAAUCUUCAUUCCAAUUUGAUGACUGUAGCAUGUUUUUUUUUUUCCUGUUCUUUCAUUAUGAAGGUGUUCAGCUGCACAGCCAUAUUGGGACUUUAUUGUUGUAUUCUGUUCCUCAUAACACAAUAUAUGUUUUUAAUGGGAGACGAGUCUGGACUGCAGGCAUGCCAGUCUAGAAUCUGCACUCUCUAAAUAUGUAGCCCUGCUGUUUUAAGAUGCAGAAUAUGGAAAUGGACAUCCCAGAAAAAGAUGUUGUCUAGAAGGCUGCGUAUGUCUUCCAGACUUAAUGGUGUCUUCGCAGAUGUGCAAGUUGGGCAAUAAUGCCACCCCAUUCAAUGACAGACCCUUUAAUUUGUACUGGUAACAGUCUGGAUUGUCCUUUUCUUCUUUGGCCCAGAGAACACAUUGUCAAUUAUUUCCAUAAACCAUCUGAAAGGUUGAUUUGCUAGACCACAAUACAAGUUUCCCUUGUGCAUCAGCGCAUUUCAGAUGAGAUUGUGCCCAGAGAACCUGAAUAUGCACAUUGGCUGCUAUUAACAGCAUAUCUGUAUGUUUUCCGUUAUUUUCUGUUCGGUUGUACAGGUAAAUUGUUGUCCAUGGUCAUCGCCUGUACUGAUGCAGCAGAUAGAGAUUAGGUUUAAAAAUGGUUGAGUACUUAUUUAAACACAAUCACUAAUACUACUAAACACUGAAUACGACACACAUCCAGUACCACAUAAAUAACACAACAAACACAUUACUAACAAUUACUAACUACAUAUUUAAAGAGUUGACUAGUGCUUAUUCCCCAUCAUAAACAAUGAUCAUUGUACCUUCAAAUUACUGCCUCAGGUUCACAUGCCACACACAUGCACACACACACACACACUUGCACCCAUUAAGUCACUGGUAUUUUGGCUUAUAUUUCAUAACAGUGUCCUUAAUGGCCUAAAGCACUUUUCCAGUUCAGCUAUUACUGACAUCAUGUGAUACUGUCUUACCAGUAGGAGUAAUUUCAUUGUAUGUGUUUAUGAUUUUAUUUGACCACCUUUAUGAUCUUUAGUACAGAAUAUAAAGCCUUUGACACUGAAAGAAAAGCUCACUGAAACCAUUGUCCUUCUUUUUAUGUAUUAGUUUUCACAUAGUCUUUCAUCUGAUUUGUUUUGGCAGGUGUUUUUAUGAGCACUUGUCGAGUUUCUACAGUAAAAAAAAUAGUGCUUCGAAUUCAUUUGAUUCAAAUGUAUAUUGCUUCUUCAUGUACAAAAUUGUAAUUGACAAUGUUGUCAAAAGUAAACAAGGUAAACAAAAAUCAGUAUCACCAAAGUAAAUUAAAAGAUGUGAGGUGUUGGUAGAAUUGAGUCAAUUCAGAGCACUAUUUUUUUAAUGCAAGCUGCUGAUUCACUGCUUUUCUUUUCUUAUGAAUCCACAUGUACAGCUAAAUUAAAAGUUUCUUUGAGAAAA